GGUGAAUAAUCUCCCCGCGUUUCAUUUACUCACUCAUGUCAUGUCACGAAGACGUGUGAGAAGUCAUAUUAUGUAAGUAUAAAAGAAUGUUAAUUGGCAUUAUUGCUUUGAUGAUGGAUAGCGCGGUGCAAAAGCAACUGGAUGCAGCGAUGCCAUGGGUGGGCUUAUACAUCGCCGCAGCUUCUGCAGUCUGCACUCUUGCAAUGGCGGCCGACGCUCUCAACAGCUUCCGCCGCAAGAAGCUGUGGUUCCCCUGCAAAUACACCUCUCUCAACGCCGCUUCCUUGACGGUGUUAGCCGUGGCGAUGAAGCUGCCCAUGGAUCUCAACACCGUCAUGAUCAAUUCCGAGACUGACGCAGCUGCAAAGUUCACCAGCUUACUCUUCAUGUGCACAAGCUCUCAACACUCUCAUGCCUUCUCUGGGCUCCAUGAACGACAACGAGCUCCUCCCAAACAUGGUCGCCGUAGCCGUCCUCGUGAUCACCGUCACGGCUAACGUGGCCAUUCACAUCAUCGAGCUGCAACGCUACCAACAAAAAGCAAUCAUCCCUUCAAUUAUGAUGUUGCUUUCUCUUGUGAUGCUGGUUUCUAUGGCGCUUAGCGUGUCAACGAUGAAGAGGAGCCUGAAAUGGAAGUACCAAGAGAAGCACAGAGAAGCUUUAGAGGAAGAAGAAGAAGAAGAAGAAGAGAUGAAGAUGGAUGAUCAGAGAAGACGCAUGAUGAAAUAUUGGGUGAUGGCAGAGAGCAGCUGCCCUCAGUUUGUAGUGGCACGUUCUAACGUUUCCGCAGCUUCAUCUCUCAUCUCCUCUCUUUUUUAUUGCAUAUAUACUUUGGUUCAAGUGCUUCGUGGGGCAAGAACAAAUGCAGCGGGUAAGUCACUCUAUGGAAUCUCUACCAAAUGGAUUGUACAUAUUCAGUCUAUUGGGUUGGGAAUAGCCGUGAUUGUGGCUGCGUUGAGAUGGUUCGUCGCCGCCGUGUUCACGUGCACAACCACAUUUUCCGACACGUUCAAGAUAGAAAGCUACUGGAUUCAGACUCUCAACGACUGGAGAAACUCUCUCUUGGCAGGCUUCAAAAUUGGGCCAAACAAAUGGGGAAAACAUCUUCUUGAUGCACAAUGGUGUGUGCUAACUUUCUGCAUCGGAGUUCAGUGUUGUGUUGUCCUUGUAAGCAAAACCCUCGUCUUCUUUUCUGGCUUCAUGGUCACUCCAUUUGCAUCGUGCUUCUCUCACAUGAUCAGCAAGUUUGCGAGGAGGGAUGAUGGUGCAUCAUCGGAUACCAACCUUAGCCGUUACGUUCUGUUACUAGACGGUGAGGCGGAGCUGCCGGAAAGCUUGGUGAGAAGCAUGUGCGGUGAGGCUGAUCGCAUGAUUCAGAUUGGCAGAGAGAAGAAGCCCUCCAACCUUAUAAGUCUUCUACGCAAUAUUAAUGUUGGCAGCUCUAAUAACCAAAUUACAAGCCUAGUUUCUGAUCAAGAUUGUUGGACGCUACAAGUGGUGACUCUGACAAGCAUUGCAGUCGCGCUUCCCAAUAUCUCCGAGCAUCAACGCAAGCAGUUGUUGAGCAGUGUGAGCCAAGGCCUCUGUCUCGCAAAGAUUGUUGAGAAAACUUUGGAUACAAAUGCAGAGCUUAAGAGCAUUAGGAAAGCUGCAAGUGUUACUUGGGUGGAAGUGCUGGUUUACUCCAAGUGGGUAGAGAUCGAUCUCAGAAGAGCAUUUCUACAGUGCAGAAAUGGCGAGGAGGUCGUGCAAGAGCUCUCCGAUAAAGCCUGAGACAUUGUUAUGGAGUUGAAUGCUCUAAACUGGGCUGUAAGAGCUGUGGCUGCUAACUCCAUGUACACAAUUUGUCAAACUCUUCUGUUGUCCUCUUGUAAAGAGGAAAGCUGUGAGGAAAUGUGGGAGAGGUUAUGUGUUACGAUUGGAGAUGUUUUGGCAGCUUGUCUGAGCAAUUUGCCGCUUGCUAUAACCAAAAUGUGUCACCGGAGUUGCAGUUUAUGAGAAGAGCGUUCGUGAAGCAUUUUUGCUUCUGGGGAAGACAGAAGAAGUGGUUGGAAUUGUUCGACGACUGGCGCCAACGCCCUUCUAUAGGUGAUGAACAAUGAAGAAGCAUAUGUUGAAGAGUGGCAUGCUUUUCUUCACCGAGAUAAAGAUGAUCAAGCGUGACGCUGAGUUGGUCUAGUGGUGGAGUGAUUAUGCAUGAAAUCAAGAGUCUUGAAUUUAAGUCCACCAUCACUCGAUCAUUAAAAUUAGCAGUUCAUUCAUCUAAAAGAGAUGAUCAAGCUUGGACGUCAGGGAUGAAUCACUAUGACAGUAGAUUGUGGCAGGAAGUGGUAGAAGAUGUCAAGGAAGUUGCAGUCGAGUUGGAAGGACUGAAGCAAAGGUCAGCUUCACCUCAAAAUUACGAGUAUGGCAGAGAGAGCCAUUCCAGUGAAAUUGCUGAGUCUCUAAUUUCUCCAUUGAUUUCAUAACCAAAUAUUCUCAAUGUAUAUUGCCCCUUGAGUUUUGUCUUGUUCAAUCUAGAAAAACCUUAAGGGGUCUGUUGUAAUGCUCAAAAAGUUUGAUUAUCAAAUUGGAGAUAACAAAGAGUUGGUUUCCCCAA